ACUGUCCAAUUUUGCCUUCCCCAGUCCUGCCUGUGCCUGCUCGGUUCCCGUUACAGCUACCCGGAGAUAGCCGCUUUUUGGGCGGAACAUUACGUCAUUUUACCGAAUUUUGUCGCUAAACCCCACUUCUAAAACUCUAUUUUCCAAAUAUCGCAUUUUAAAGUGAUAUUGUUGUUGUUGUUUUGUCGGCCGAGCGGUCUAUUGUAGCCAGAAAGCCUCCGCCGACAAAAAGCCUGUCAGAUGUUGGACGACGCAAAGCUCAUCGAACGUUUUUCCCCGGCGUCCAGUUGACCGUCUGCGGUGAAAGUGUUCACGUUUGGAAGCUGAGGUGCCAUUUUUUUUGGAGGUUCUGGCUUCCGGGGGUAGAAGGAGUGUGGGGGUGGGCGAGAAGAAGACAACAUCCUGAUGCUAGUGAUGGCCAACGAGCCGAUCAUCCUCAACGUCUAUGAUAUGUACUGGAUCAAUGAGUUCACCAGCUCCCUCGGCAUCGGCGUCUUCCACUCAGGGAUCGAGAUCUACGGCCGAGAGUUUGCCUACGGGGGACAUCCUUACCCCUUCUCAGGGAUCUUUGAGAUCACGCCCGGUGAUGCGACAGAACUGGGCGACACCUUUAAAUUCAAGGAAGCCAUUGUCCUUGGCAGCACCGACUUCACCGAGGACGACGUGGAGCAGGUCAUCGAGGAAAUGGGGAAAGAGUACAAAGGCAACGCUUAUCACCUCAUGCACAAGAACUGCAACCACUUCUCCUCAGCACUGUCAGAGAUCCUGUGCGGCCGCGAGAUCCCACGCUGGGUCAACCGCCUGGCCUACUUCAGCUCGUGCGUGCCCUUCCUGCAGAGCUGCCUGCCCAAAGAGUGGCUCACCCCGGCCGCCUUGCAGUCCAGCGUCAGCCAGGAGCUCCACGCCGCGGGCGAUCUGGAGGAGGCCGAGGACGCCGCCGCCACCGCCUCCUUGGCAUCCGUGUCGCCUUCCUCCUCCUCGGGGCCCGCCUCCAUGCCGCUGCAGUCCCGCCACCAGCCCCGCCGGUAGGAGCGAGGACACGUGCGGGUCCGAUACUUUUGGAAUCCAAACAAUCACCAGCCACAUUUGGAUUGGACCAGUUGUCACUGGUUGAAUGGUGCUACUCCUCUCACUUCUGACCCCACUGGGACUUCUUUGGUUUUUCUUCCAAGUUGUGUUCCAGGUUUUCCGAGCCAAACGCCGUCCUGUUUUUUUGGGCUGGGACCGGACCUCAAGAUCAACCUUUUUUUAACGACUUUGGCUAACAGAACCUCCUGCAGGUUAGUUUUUAUUAUUCUUUAGCGGCUGAAGGAGAGUUGACUUCUUUCUUAGUAGCGAGCGCCGUGGUGCCUUCGAGCACGCUUUUUACUCCCAGUGUGUUACCUGGACCUCCCACAAGUCACAGGUCACCUGUUUGGCCUUCAGUAAAGCCUGGAAGAGCGCAUCCAUUGUUUUUGUGUUUUUUUUCCUGAGCACGGCAACAACUUUUUGUCACGUUUGUCAACAUCAGCAGAUGAUGAGCGCACAAUCGAAUCCUCCUUUCAUGGAAAUAUUUUUGUGCCGCCAUGCAAAGCAGGACUUUUCAAUUCAAUCUUUUUUUUUUUUCAAAUUCUAUUUCUCUAAUGUUGACUAUCUUUUGUUCCGUUUUUGUUGACAAAACUCAGGUCCUCCAAAGGUCUUUUCCAGACUUUUUCAUUUGACUGUUUAAUCGUUUUGUAAUGCAGCCUGGCACUUUUUAUACUCUUUGAUUAAAAGAAAACAACCUAGA